AUGGCUUGUCCCAUUACAGUUUCCAAGUUUGUGGGGACCAUCUCCCUCGGCCUUUUAACGGGCCUUUCAUAUGCUACCUCUGUGCUUAUAAUUCCAUCCCUCCAAUCCCUUCCUAAUGCUCCCACCGCUUCACGAACCCUCAAGGACCUGCAACUGCGGACCAGCAAGCAUGUUCUUCGACUUACUCACAUCACGGCGAUUACUCUCUUCACCGCCUUCACUAUGUCCUCCCCACGCAGAAGGCACCCUUACCUGAUCUGGACGGCACUUACCUCUCUAAUCGGUGGACUUGGCCUGGAAUGGUGGUACAAUCGCGAAAAAGCGACAUGGAACUGGCUGUCAGGUGGUUUGGUGGGAAUUUGUACUUACCACCCAUCCGGCUUUGGUGUCAUUUCCUGGGGAUCUUCUCAUGCUACCACUUGUGCCGGAGGGUCCGUAUCAGCGAGGAGCGAGGAGGAAGACUCCAACGGCAACGGAAGUGAGAUCGAAAUCGUGGGCGAGGAAGAAGCUUCAUCCGCUGCUGCUGCAGACGCGGAAAUAGCGGCACCGCAAUCGGAUGACGAUUUGAACGUCAAUGGCGAGGUUGUCCAGGCUGAUAUGGAGAAGGAGCGCAAGUUUCAGAAGCUGAGGAUGUGGAUCCUUGGCCUGGGAUUCUCCAUGAGUGUUGUUGGGAUAUGGGGAGACACUCUCUAA